AUGGACCCUCUAUCCAUCGCGACUGGCUGCGCCGGUUUGAUUACGGCCAUCGGCGGCCUGUCUAUCAACCUCCACUCGUUUGUUCGGACGUGUCGAGAGGCUCGUGGCGACCUUGAUAGCGUCUCACGUGAGCUGCUGUCUUUGCAGACCAUUCUUGAGCUCAUUAAAGAAGACGCGUCUGAUUCGAGCAAGCCUUUCCCAAAGACUCUGAACCAGCAUAUCACAGCUAUUCUUGGCAAUUGCAAUUUGGUGGUGUCUGAGAUCCAGACUUGCAUCACAAAGUAUGGCCAAGAUCGGCUCAAGACCCGAGUGGCCUGGGCCAUCAACGGACAGGGUGACAUCAGCAAACUGCGUUCAAGUCUAGAGGCCCAUAAGACGGCACUGGAGAUUGCUCUAGACAUGCUGGCCCUCCACCUGACGAAAGAGAUCAAAGCCGACACAACAGAAAUUCGCAAUGAUACUGCCGCGAUAAAAGAGGACACAACUCAGAUCCUGGAAGAGAUUGCUCGACUGCAGGCCCGACUCCCUCCAGACGCUGCUGCCGCUGCAUCAAACGACUUUAUCCUUCAGAGGUUCUUUGAGGAGAUGACAACUUAUACUGAGCAAGCACUUGAUGCAAACAGUUCCAAACGACUGUCAUUUGAUGAGGGCCCAGAAGAAGGUGUCGCGCCUCUACUUCAACAGGACUCCUGGCCCUACCACUCCAUGUCAAGCUCGUCCAAGCAAAGUUCGCGGGGCGAAUCAUGGGCCUCGAGUCAAAUCCAGAAUCCUUAUUGGGAUUCGGAGGCCACUAGCAACACGUCUUUCCCAACAAUUGUCAAUGAAAGUCACGGAGAGAUAGAGGAUGCUCUUGACCGACCUGAAGACACAUAUGGCCAGAACGCGGACGAAAAUGCAUCCACUGAACGUCAGGAAAUUUCUGGUUUCGAAAUUCCAGUGUCUGACAAACUCCUCAACAAGCAUCCUUCUUCUUUCCGUCAUGAGAGAGAAUUUACUCGCUGUAGGCAUUCCACCAUCACCUGUUCUCCUGAGAAAUUCGCAAAACUCGACUUUACAUUUCGGCAUGUCGGUUUCGAACCCCCAAGACAAAUCGAAAUUAUUCUAUUCUUUCCCAUUUCCUCCUCAGAGGAUACAGACUCCUUCUAUAGGCGAUGGAACUUUAUGAUUGCGUCCUGCCAUUUCUCAAUAUGGCCGCCAAGAGCAUCAGGUGUACCCCCAUGGAAACAGAUACUGGUUCAUAUCAAUUGCGACACAAGCUUGGAUAGGAUAGAUCCACUUAUCCGGAAGUACCUACACCAAAAGGGUAUCCUUAACACCCUUAAAGCAGACAGGAAGGCUAUCGCCGGAGGGACAAUCCAAGCCGAGAUUGUUGAGUAUACGAUGUAUCCAGACUUUACGCCCAUCCAAGUUAUCUUGACAGCCUACUGUAACGGCUCCCACUUUCAUAUGCCCGGUGUUGAUAUGAUAUACUCACAAACCGGGUGGUACCACUCAUUGUGCGCCCUUCUCGGAGCCGGAAUGGUCAUUACAAUGCCUGGUGACCCGAGCGAGAUCCCAGAGCGGAGAUCUGAACAUACACAGUUCCUUUCAGAGGCAUGGGCAAACAAACGAGACAUCUCGGGCCUCAGAACCUACAAUGGCAUCACUGUUACACCCCUAAGAGAGUACCUGUCGAUGCCAAUGAGGAAAAGGCCCAAGCCAAAGGGCAUCUUUGCGAAAAUACGUACCAGUUUCUCAUAG